AUGUCUCAUUCUUCUUCAUAUAAUCCAGCUUCUCGAAAUAUCUGCUCAACAUAUAAAUUGAAUAAGUAUGGAGGAGAACUACCAUACCCUCUUAUAUCCGUGUACCUGAAUAUGGUUUACCUUUAUCCUUCCUCUCUAUAGGUCAUGGCAGAAAACCUCACCAUGGUCACUGAGUUCCUGUUGUUAGGUUUUUCAAGCCUUGGUGAAAUUCAGCUUGUCCUCUUUGUGGUUUUCCUCUUUCUGUAUCUGAUCAUUCUGAGUGGCAAUGUCACUAUCAUCAGUAUCAUCUGCCUCAAUCGAAGCCUCCACACACCAAUGUACUUUUUCCUUGGAAUUCUUUCCGCCUCUGAGACUUUCUACACCUUUGUCAUCCUACCCAAGAUGCUUGUCAAUCUACUUUCUGUGGCCAGGACAAUAUCCUUCAAUUGCUGUGUCAUUCAAAUGUUCUUUUUCCUUGGUUUUGCUAUUACCAACUGCCUGCUAUUGGGUGUGAUGGGUUAUGAUCGUUAUGCUGCCAUUUGUCACCCUCUGCAUUACCCAAUCCUUAUGAAUUGGCAGGUGUGUGGAAAACUGGCAGCUGCCUGUGGGGUUGGUGGUUUCUUGUCCUCUUUUAUGGUAGUAAAUUUAGUUUUUAGACUUCCUUUCUGUAAUGCCAACAAGAUCAACCAUUACUUUUGUGAUAUCUCACCAGUCAUUCGUCUGGCUUGCACCAAUACAGAUGUUCAUGAAUUUGUCAUCUUCAUCUGUGGAGUUCUAGUACUUGUGGUCCCCUUUUUCUUCAUUUGCAUAUCUUACCUCUGCAUCCUGAGGACAAUCCUGAAGAUUCCCUCGGCUGAGGGACGGAAGAAAGCCUUUUCUACGUGUUCCUCUCACCUCACUGUUGUCUUUGUUCACUAUGGCUGUGCUUCCUUCAUCUACCUGAGGCCGACAGCAAGCUAUGUCUCCAAUAAAGACAGGCUGGUAACAGUAAUAUACACCAUUGUCACCCCAUUACUAAAUCCCAUGGUAUAUAGCUUCAGAAACAAGGAUGUCCAGUUUGCAAUCAGAAAAGUGUUAGGAGAGAAAGGACCUCUAAAAUUAUAUAAAUGA